AUGGACAUCAAGGUGAUACCUCCUACCUGCGCGUGGUCGGAGACACUGAGCCCCGACCCACGUGGCGCAGAGACAACCUUUGCCAGCAGCAGUUGUGCCUGGCUGGAGCCGCCUUCCGUCGCAUGGCCUUCUUCAGGGGACAGCCUCUCGCUGGAUGGUGGCUUCCGGGUUGACUACAAAGUAUGGUCAGACUUUCGGGUGAAGCUCAUUGCGCCGCCUCAGACGACCUUUGCUGUGUGCUACUGCAACCGGGACUGCGAGUCUGCAGAGAGCUGGUUACAGGUUGCCACCGUGCAAACUGUCCUGGCCUACGCCCUCGCCGCAAGAACGACCCCGGGCUGCAACAUGCUACAACAAUGGUGUCUUGCCGAGCUUUGA